GUUGACGAGAGAUAUGUGAACAAUAAUGAUACGCAACUAGUUAGUUAGUUAAUUCACACAAGGUUUUGUUCUCUGCCGUCAAUCAUUCAGCUUAUUUUCUCGUGUCCGAUAUUCUCCGCUUCGUCUGCCCAGCCGCCGCCAACACACAGUCUUCCUAUUGAUUACCUAGCUCAUAUCAUACCGGAACAGAGCCCUUCCACCCUUUGCCUUAGGACUCGACGUCUCCAUCACAACAGCACCAUAAUAAUAAUACAUAUAGAAUAAACCCACGAGCAAAAAUCUUUGGGGGAAGUACACGUCGAUAUCACAUGCAUGAACUACUGCUCUUCUCUCCCGUCCCAGCGAAGCAACAUCAUGAUUUGCUGCAACAGCUCUCCGGGCUCACUGCAAUGCAGCCGACCCGCACCUUUGAGAGACGUCUAGUUUUCAAAGCAUACAGAAAACCAGGCUUCAUUAAAACACGCCCGGGUGGAAGCCAGGACGUGCAAGCUCCCGAAACACAGAGGCUGAAUAAGCUCCUGAAUGGAGGCCUGUACUAUAUCCAGGUCGUGGGCAAUGUGCAAGAACGAGACUUUGGCUCCAUGCCAGCUUCUUCUUCUUCUUCUUCUUCAUCAUCAUCAUUGCCUUCUUCCUCUGCUUCUUUGCGAUCAGAUGUUGUCACCCAAGGUACGGGUGCGGGCGGAGACGGUACUCAGCAAGGCCAGGGAUCAUUGUGGUCAUCGACGCCAAUGAAUCAUGGAGCUGCUACCGCUGCCGUGAGUAAGGGUUAUGUAGCGGCGAAUCAAUCAUGGAGAUUGGAGUUUAAAGAUACACCAGAGGCCGGAGCCAGAUCUGGCGUCACGUCUCGGUUUGUAGGGACUGCGAAUCUCCCUUCUGGCAAUAUCCUUCCUGAGAUGACUGCUUGGGGGUUUGACUACGUCUCUGAAUAUGUUGUUGAAGGCCAUACAUUUGUUUUGGACGACACUGUAUUAUUUCUGCACCGUGUGCUAACAUUCCCACCAAGUGCUGAUGGCGGUGGUGGUGGCCCGAAAACGCUGACGCCAACUGAAUAUCUUCCUCCCUUAGAUAAAAUGGUGCUGCUAGACACGAGCGGUGCAUAUGUCCUACAGGCCUCUAUUACGGUUCAGGACAGCGGGAAUCCAGACAUGUUGAAAGCGAAUUCUCAGCGACUAUUGGGAUUGAAGGAACAUUUGAAGUCUGUCGUGAAGCUGGAGCCUGAAGAUCGACUUUCUCUUGAUACCAGAGUGAAAUAACAGAAAAGGGAAGAAAAAGAAAGAAAAAGAAAGCAUUUUUUCCCUUUAUGCUCUCAUGGAAUCUGUGGAGGAGGCGAGCUGGCUGAUGUUUAACUUCUUGGGAUCUUCAAGCGGGUUGCAGUGAUCGAGAUGGUUUUCGCGAAUGGAUAGCUCCAUUGAGCGCCGCCGAAAUGUACACCUCAAAAUUUAGCGUUGAUAUUACU